GCUUGUGCAGCGCCCUGCGGCGCGAUUGUGACGGUUCUCAUCAACACUUGUCGUGUACCACCACUUCUUGCGGAGUAUUGGCUUGUCAUCAUGGUGUCUUCAGUUGCAGAGGUUCGGGCUCUGGAAGCGGCUAAUGCUGGCAAACCGUCAACAGUGGUGGCUCUCAAGGCAGUGGGGGUCACCAGGUGCUUGGUCCACCCACUUGAAUUGAAUCUUCCGCUGCCAGACAUCCUUGUGAAGGCCGUCGUGAACGUCCUUAGAGUAGGACCUCGGGGCAUUGCUUUCCAUCGUGCUACGGUCUUGCAGAAGCUGCUGAGCAGAGCGGCGUCGCUCAAAGAUCGUGAGCUUGAGCUUCAUAGUGGCCUGCAUCCAGAUCUUCGUAAAGUUCUUGCGGGGAAAAACACAAUAUUGUGGGAGCAGCUGCUGAAGGAGACUCAAUUUCCUGAUCCGGGCCUCAUCGACGAGGUGAGGGGAGGCUUUGAACUUGUGGGUCCGGCGAACUGCUCUGGAGCCUUCCCGAUGGCUUACAAGCCGCCGCAGGGCGAUGGAGUCGCGGACGCCGAGCUGUGGUCGCAAACUCUUGGCGAAGUCGAGCAGGGCUGGAUCGAUGGACCCUAUUGGGGUGAGAGUGAAGUCAGUGAGAGGCUCGGCAGCGCUGAGUGGAUGUGCACCAGGAGAUUCCCCAUCGUCCAAGGGCCGAAGGUUCGCAUCACAGAUGACUGCCUUCAGAGCGGUCUGAACUCUGCCUAUGCGGCAUACAACAAGCUCAGGUUGAUGGACGCUGAUGCCUUUAUCUCCCUGGUUCUCUUGCUUAUCCGAUGCUCGCAUCAGCCCGGCAGCAUGAUUCGGCCCGGGGAACAACUCGUCGUGAAGAGACACCCUGAUUGGGGCGAUGGCCUGGAUCUCCUCGGCAAGACUUUGGAUCUCUCCGCAGCUUACAAACAACUGGGCUGCCGGCCCGAUACGAAGUUCAACAGAGUGUUAGUCGCUUGGAGUCCCGAGCGCCGCUCGCCGGCGUUCUUUGUGUCCACUGCUCUGAUGUUUGGAGCGACUUCGGCGGUCUGCUCCUUCAACCGCUGCUCGGCAUCCCUGUGGCAUCUGGCGGUGACGAUGGGUUCAGUUUGCUGCACUGUGUACUUCGAUGACUUUCCUUGCGCGGAGCCAUCGGCCUCGGCGGGUUCGGCUCAGGACUUCAUGACCUUCACUCUGCUGGGGAUCGAGCUUUCGCUUACAACUGCGGACCAGGGCAUCUUGAAGGUGCGCAACAAGCCGGAUCGUGUCGUGGAGCUGCGUGCGGAGCUUGACCGGCUCUUGUCGCAGGGCUACAUGAAGAGGUCUGAGGCAUCAUCCUUGCAUGGGCGCCUGAACUUCGCUCAGGGUGGCGGCCAACGGGGAGAUGCCAUGGCUGAUGAUUUCAAGCUUGUGGUUGGCUACAUCGCAGCUUGCUUCGCCACGGACUCUCCGAGGGUGAUACAUGCUCUUGAUUCGCGGUUUGCCAUUAAGCUCUUUACCGACGGUGCAUGGGACAACAGGAUCGCAGGUGCGGGGGCGGUGCUCCAGUACUCCCCGGACCAUGGACCUAAGGUGGCGGAGGUGAUUGUUCCAGGAUGCCUCAUCGAGCACUGGGGCAGGCGUGGCAGCACUCAGCUCAUCUCGCAGCUGGAGCUCUCUCCAGUGCUGGUGUCUCUGAACCGUUGGGGGCCUGAGUUGGCUGGCAGGCGCAUCCUGGUCUUUAUCGACAACAACG